AUGUUCAUCGACCCAAGUCGACAUCUAAUACUCAGGCAUUCCCAUCACACAGCUUCUCGAAAGAUCCGAAAAGGCUGCUCAAUUUUCCCGGCAAGAAAAUUCUUACUAAGACAGAAGCAAGUGAUGGAGGUUCUUCCUUCUCCUGGUUUAAAAAUGUUUACGAAAAAAAAUCAUCAAGCAGUACCUCGAAGUAUUCCCAAAAAUCUCAAAACGGUGAAUUGGAAGUGAACGAUGCUACUCCAGAGAGCAAUGAAAAGGGCAUCGAUGAUUUAAAAUGUUGUCGAUACUUAAGAUUUUCCAAGGAAAACCAAGAAAGCAACCGAAUUUAGCGGAAGGUACAACUUAAAAAUCGAGGGAAUCAAGGUAUUACAACCGAAUGUGACACAUGCAGUUAGAAGUUGCCAUGGCUGACUCAUGAAAUGGGAAACAAUUUCAUUUCGUAUUGUGGAAACAAAAGAAUCACUCUCAAUCGUCGUUAUUUUGAUUUGAUUUUUUUUUAGAUGAUGAUCCACAAAUUUGGAAGCAAGCUUAACUUAUUUAUAGAAAUCAAUAAAACAGAAAACUUCUAGUCUAAAAAGGAGGCAUAGCGCACACUAAUCUUCUAGAAAUUUCAAACGGCGAAUGAAACAAAAGAACCUCAAUGAUUUCCUAUCGAAUUUUAAGCAAAAGCUACAUCUAUAUUAUGAAGGUGAAACUGGUGUAAUUGUCUAGCAAAUAUGAUAAUGACAAACGCAUUCAAAUAUUUCAAAUGAACGGCUGUUGACCGAAGCAAGUAAAUUUGAAUAAUUCCUUAAUUUUUUUUAAGCUUUUGGAGCAAUGAUUACAUUAUACUCGAUAACAUACUGAAAAGUUCUAAUUUAUUAUUUAUUUUCGAAAAAGUAUUCUUUUAUCGUAUUUCCUGUUUACUAUUACAAAACGAAAUAUAUGGCAAAUGGAUUUUUCCGUCGAGUGAACCACAAAAAAAAAGAAAACAAUUACUGCACUUAUCUUGUAUACAUUAUCUUUAUGUUACUUUAAAGACAAUUCAUGAAAAGAUAAAAGUUUAAGUGAACAAUAUGAAGCAGACUUCUAUUGUCUCGCCCAUUUUUAGUGGAACCAAUCGUUAGUUUAUGCUCUACAUCGCAGGCUUGAAGUUUAAAUUCUCGUUUUGCUCUUAGAGAAUCGGGAUGGAGUUUCAUAUUUCUCUGUGUUUUUGAAAGAAUGUUAACACUCAAUGUUUUGUGAGUUUAUUUGUCUUCUUUCUGGUUUAGUUGUUUUGUUUUCGGUUAGGAAAAUAAUGUGCCCGGAAAGCAAGUUUACAAAGGUCCGCACCUACAAUUUGCCUGACUUCUUCAUCGGCUUGUGCCCGAUUAAAAAUUCUUGUUUUCCCUGAUGUUAAUGAUAAAGUACUGACAAAACAAAUGCUAAUAGUGUCUUAUUUGCGCCAUACUAAAUAUCGUGUUUGCGGGUGACAAGUCAUGGAAGUCGUUGAAUUAUUUAUUUAUUUUUUUACAUAAUCAUAUUUUUGUCAGUUCAAGGUAUUAAGUGAGAUCAAGUUAUCAAGACCUUUGCCGGUAGUUUCUUUUGAUACAAAAACCUUUAACUGGAAAAUCAACACUUAACAAUGUUUUGACCCAUUACUCACGGGGCUAAACGGUAAAAAGCACACGAAUAUGAAUUAUAAGGGCAAAAAUUUCUUUUUAAAUUUUAAUUUAGGCUAAGAUCUAAGUGCCAAGAAUUACAUUGAUAAAGACAUCACACAGAUUUCAUGUAAAUUAUUCAUGAAUAGUAAACAUUAAAUUGACCCUAUUUCACAUGGUAUUUUUACAGAUAUACUGACUGGUAAGUCCCUUUGUGGUGUUUUUGUCCUUGCGUCUGAGCCAUCGGGGUAAAUACGAGGCAAUUUUCUUCGAAUCGACUCACCUUGGAAAAGUAUCAUGGGGAGACAGUUUUUCAUUAACUCGCAUCGAGGAAAAAUCCGCUCUGAAGGCUAAUCCAUGCUAGUUUCCGUUUAAAACAAACACUCUUCAUGAAUUUGACUUGGAUUGCGUUGCAGUAAAACUUUGUCAACAAUAUUCAAAGCCAAGUACUAUGGAUAAGAGGAAAAAUACUGAUUUUGCGCAAACAGAAAAGAUUUCUGUAGCUUACUUCCACGAGCAGUCCAUACUGCGGAAAAAAUUGGACCAGUUUCAAAGAGAGCAAGACAAAAGCCUCAAAAAGAUCUCAAGCAGACAGAACACAUUAGCAAGGGAUUUUUUAGCCCAAAAUGUCAGAAGUGAAAACGAAAAAGCCACAGUUAUGGAACAUUGGCAGAGACGAUCCUCGCGUACCAACCUCUUUUCCAGCUAUGAUUCUGUAAGUGCAGAAAGUUCAUAUCUACCAGAAAUUCACGGCCGAGUCCGGGAAGUAUCUGCUCCAAGCGAUACAAGAUCUAAAAGCAGUAGAGCCUCGCUUUUUAGUGAUAUAAACAGUGGUAGGAAAGUGAGUGACCCAGAAGACUUUUCAGGUCGGAAAACCGACUAUGGAGAGCGCCAAGCUGUCAGCGUUCCGAGGAGAAAACUAACUCCCUUUGAUAUUGAUUUAGCGGCUUCUUCCGGAGAUCCUCAUCAUUAUUCUGUAAUUUCAAAUUCGCGUAUCGAUAACAGCAAUACAUUCAGUCAAAGUAGAUUCAGUGGCAGCCUUUUGAACGCCAAGAUACCGAGUGGAAAGUCAGCUGGCUCUCUCAACGACCAUUUAUCUUGCACGAAAUCUGAAGCGGAAUAUUCAAUGACGAAGACAAAUUUGCCGACUGGUUUAUCUUUAUGUAUCGACGCACCAUCCAGAAUGGUUAAUGAGACAACAUCGGAAAACAUAAGCAAAUAUCGACGAGAUAAUUUGCCAAGCGUUCCCAAAAAAGUACUCGAGAAUCGAAGGCAAAUUUCAAAUGGAAAUUGGACCAGAUUUCAAAGUCACCCCAAUGAUAUUGACAUCAAUAUUAAGUCACAGGGAAAAGAAGAAAAUAAAAAUAUUCCCAGAGCAGCACCUGGAACAUCAAUUGCAAAUGGACAAUUUCAAAAAGCCGAACUAAAUGUAAGCGGAGGUCAUAUUUCUGAGGAAUUUUCAACUCUAGAGCUUGAGGAAGCGGAUUUGUCACGAGGAAUAAGCAAUAUUUACUUGGAGAAGGAAGUUGAAGUAGAAACCAGUAGAGAAAGCAGCAACACUUUUCAAAGAAAAGGAAGCUUAUCAAGAGAUCAAAGAAAACUGGAUUUGCAUGAGUUAACAAUCGCGACAACAACAGCAGCAGGUGCAAGGGGAGGGCUUCAUCACCAUGGAAACGCCUGGAGCGACAAAAGCAUGACUCCAAGUAGAAAGAUUUCGACUGUGCAAGCACCCCCCGGAAGAGCGAUAAACCGGAAUUCGAGAAUAUCGCGAUAUGAAGAGAGUUUUAAGGAACAGAAUUCAACAAAAAGCGAAACUGGAGAAAACAUAGAUGGAUUAAGAAGCUUUCGUCCCUUGGCGCUUGUGGCGAUUGCGGCACAAAGAUUCCGCAGUGCAACUACCAAAGCAAGCCCUGAAAACCCAAAAACUGGUAUAUCACCCGACAAAAAAAUUCUGACGAAGGCUAGAUUAGAGGAGCUGCAGAGACCGACAGAAAGCUAUUUAAGACAAGUAGCAGGAGCGGAGGAAACGACCACAAACACCCUGGGAUUAAGAACAAGAAGCAAAUCUGAGAAUGGAUCCAGCUCUGGAAAUAUUUCAGUUAAUGGUAUCACAAAGUUACGACGCGUGAGUCAAGCUGCCUUGGCAACACGGGUUUUGAUUGACAGAGGCAGCAGAAAAGUUUCUGCAACAGGGCUCUCA